UGUCUGUUGAAUAUCCUCCAAUGCUUCCUGUUUCUAGUGGAAUAUGACAUGGAAAUUUUCCACCAGCGACGACAUCACAGAGAGUUUAAGUUUGAUCUUGCGAAGAUCCCAGAAGGGGAGGCUGUGACGGCAGCAGAGUUCCGAAUCUAUAAGGACUACACCAGAGAGCGGUUUGAAAAUGAAACAUUCCUGAUCACAAUCUACCAGGUGUUAGAUGAGCACAUGGAAAGCGAGUCCGACAUGUUUCCACUGGAUUCUAGAACUAUUUGGGCUGCAGAGGAAGGGUGGCUGGUAUUCGAUAUAACAGGCACUAGCAAUCAUUGGGUGGUGAAUCCAAAAAAUAACUUGGGCCUUCAACUCUUUGUGCAGACAACAACUGGACAAAGUGUUAAUCCCAAAACGGCAGGAUUAAUUGGAAGAUUUGGACCUCAGAAUAAACAACCUUUUAUGGUAGUCUUCUUCAAAGCCACUGAGAUCCACAUUCGGAGUGCACGAUCAGCAGGAGGUAAACAGAAGAACCAGAGUCGCUCUAAGUCUUCCAAAGGUCAAGAUUCUCUAAGAGCAACUAGUCUAACAGAAAACAGUAGUAGUGACCAACAACAGGCCUGCAUGAAACACGAGCUCUAUGUCAGCUUUCGUGAUCUAGGAUGGCAGGACUGGAUCAUAGCACCUGAGGGAUAUGCUGCAUUCUAUUGUGAAGGAGAAUGCUCAUUCCCACUGAACUCAUACAUGAAUGCUACAAAUCAUGCUAUUGUUCAAACUCUGGUUCAUUUAAUAAACCCAGAGAAUGUCCCGAAGCCAUGCUGCGCUCCCACACAGCUCAAUGCCAUUUCCGUGCUUUACUUUGAUGACAGCUCAAACGUCAUCCUAAAAAAAUACAGGAACAUGGUGGUUAGAGCAUGUGGGUGUCAUUAGCACCUGAGAGAGAGAGCAAUCAACAUCUGAUGACUAUUGGAAACACACUGCCAGUCAUGAAUCCCACAUGACAAAUCAACUUACUUUCUAACCCAAGGUGGUUUUAAGGAAGAUCUAAUCACAAAAUGAGAACAUAUUUUACCUUGUUUAUUUUUAUUCAAUCUUUACACAAUAUUUAUUUUUAAAGGCCUAUUAUGUAUCGAUUAUUUCUGUAUUAAGAACACGAGUGAAGUCAAAUGAUCUUUGAUGACCUUUCCUAUGAAUUGGACAAAUCGUCUUUUAAUCAGCAGAUUUCUGAUUACCUCUGAAUACAAGAUUUUGUCAUUAAUGGAAGAAAACAUUUUCGAACAUUUUCUACACUGCUCCAAAAUGGUUAAUCAAAAAUAGACUGGUGAAAAAUAAAUCCAUGCACAAUGACAAAGGACCUAGAUCACUAUUAUGUUCAGAUUUAAACUCAAUUACAAUCCAUAAUUCAACUGAAGGACAUAUUUUGUUUUCAUACCAAAAUAGUGAAAACUUCAACCAUAAUAAAUUUUAGAUAUGUAGAAAAUUAAUAGGCAGAGAAUUUAAAGAAUAAAAAGGACUCAUCUGAACCCAA